GGGUGUGCCGGGAGCCGUAGGCCGACGGGGGCGGGCCGGGGCGGCGAUGGCGGCGCUGGAGCUGCUGUCGGACGAGGGGUACCGCGCCGACGGGCGCCGCGCCGCCGAGCUGCGCAAGGUGCGGGCCCGCAUGGGCGUCUUCGCGCAGCCCGACGGCUCGGCCUACAUCGAGCAGGGCAACACCAAGGCGCUCGCCGUGGUCUACGGCCCGCACGAGAUGCGCGGCCCCCGCAGCAAGGCGCUGCCCGACCGGGCGCUGGUGAACUGCCAGUACAGCAUGGCCACCUUCAGCACGGGCGAGCGCAAGCGGCGGCCCCACGGCGACCGCAAGUCGAGCGAGAUGACGCUGCACCUCAAGCAGACCUUCGAGGCCGCCAUCCUGACCGAGCUGUACCCCCGCUCCCAGAUCGACAUCUACGUGCAGAUCCUGCAGGCGGACGGGGGCAACUACUGCGCCUGCGUGAACGCCGCCACGCUGGCCGUCAUCGACGCCGGCAUCCCCAUGCGGGACUACGUCUGCGCCAGCUCGGCCGGCUUCGUGGAGGACACGGCGCUGGCCGACCUCAGCUACGUGGAGGAGGCGUCGGGGGGCCCGCAGGCGGCCCUGGCGCUGCUGCCCACCUCGGGGCAGAUCGCGCUGCUGCAGAUGGACUCGCGCCUGCACGAGGACCACCUGGAGGCCGUCAUCGAGGCGGCCAGCGGCGCCUGCAGGGCCGUGCACGCCGUGCUGGACGGCGUGGUGCGCGACCACGUGCGGGAGGUCACCGCGCUGCUCGGGGACUGAGCGGGGGCGCCCGGAGGCAAAUAAAGGGCGGCCCCGAA